AUGCAGCACUCCGCGCAUUUUCUCAUCCUUUCAUCGCUGGUCUUGCUAGGAAAUGCCCAAGACCUGGAUCAGACAAUCGUCGGCUGUGAGGCAGUCUCAUGCCCGAUGGACAACUUUGACCCUCACUGCACUCUCACCAACAUAACAUUUGAGAACAUCGGUUUGACCCGUAUUCCCGAUGUCCCAGAGUCCCUUGACUACCUCUCCAUCGUCAAAGGCGUCAACAUUUCCGGCCGUGGUGCCGAUGACUUCACCUCGGUCUACUACCUCGGCACACCGGAGGACGUGUCGUUAAAUGAGGUGCAAGGCUGUGCCGUCAUAUUCCAUGACCCUCCCCAAGACACAUUUGACGAGUUCGGCUCACACGACUGUGCCGAAGUCAUGGGCCAGCGGUGUGUCGAUGCCAUUCAACAACUCGCAACCAAUAUUGCCGAAGGAAAGUCGAAGGAUCUUUGCAAAGCCCUCCAGGAGGACCUGCAAAAAGCCGACAUCGAUCCCUGCGACAACCUCACCGGAGGAGGCAAGGGGAUCGGUAAAAUCUCUGUAAAGGACCUCUCCAAGCUCGAGAAUAUCGAUGGCUCUCGCAACUCAUCCAGCGAUUGCUGGCCCAUCCUGCCCAAGUCAGCCAAUCUGGCUGAAAUGUUUACCGAAUUCGGAGGUCUCAACGCCUCGACUGCCUAUCCUGAGCUGAACAGGAUCACCCCGCUGCUGACCCUGUUUGUCAAGGGCAACGGCAAAGACAGCAUCGUGAACGAGACUGUCUCACGUCUGAGCUGCAUCAAGAUCAACACCACUCAAAACAUAGGCCCAGAGGAGGGCGAAAACGCUGCGUCUUUGUCCAGGAUCAGCGCGUUGGCUGCUGGUGGAGCACUUGCUUUGUUCAUGUUGAUGCUGUAG